AUGACUCAGCCACCCCCCAAGUUCAUCGAUCUUGUCACUAAAUCACUCGACACUUCUGAAUGGCCAUUGCCAGAAGUUGACAACACCAUACCUAGGUUCAAUUAUGAAAUCAUCAAGGUAAACAAGCAAGUGUCACACAUACUUGUACAUCAGUUGAAGAAAGUAACCACUGAACUUGAACUACAUCCCAAGUUUGCGUCUGUGAUCGUCUCUGAGAAGUAUCAUGUCCAUGUGGGUCCUGAGUCGAGUUGUGUUGCAAAAUUAUGGGAAACCUAUCUUGAAGAGAUUGAUUCUGGUCAAGUAUGCCAGCGUGUGUCAACACCACAGCUUGAGCCCAAUAACAUACCCCAUAGAGCAUUCGGGUUUCUAGAGGAGCCUGUCAAAGAGUACUCCAUUGGAAAUGAAAGUUGUUCGUUUCAGCAUUUGCUGCUAAAGCCAAUCUCGUGCAAUGUUAUUAUUCAAGUGCCGGUGAUUUUACAGCCACGACAGCCACUUCAAGAGCCAAGUUUGCCGUGUUGGGAAUGCAACAACAAGAUUAAUCUAUUUGACCUAGUUGAGGAAAAUCUCGAUUCCAAAAUGCCUCGACUAACGAAUGAAGCAACAACACUUCUUCUAAAACAACACAACCUAGUCAACAAAUACUCAAGUGGACUUGAAUUGCCAGUAAUUUCACCAGAUAUCGGGAACCCUUUGACCGAUUUUGAUUUUGUUUCUUGGAAGAGUCCAGACUUGGCAAGGAGCUACGAUAUGCACCAGCUCAACUUGUUUUUAUUUGAACGUGACAUCACACACAGUAGGAAGUACAUGGUACAACCAACGGCAACUCCAUACCAACAAGAGAACAAGUCUGCAGAAUACAUCCUCCAACUGUACACAAACCAGCACUUUGAUACCAAACCGUGGCAUUUAAGCAAGUACCAACUAAUUGUUGAAAUGGAGUGGAAACCAAUAACGUCCAACAUUAAAACCUUGCAAAGUCACUUUCUUUAUGAAAAUAUUGACUCCAAAGUGGACACCACUAUUCAGCCAAUGAGCACUGUUUCUGAAGAUGGUAUCAAAUUAGGGCCUUGUGUGGUUGAAGACACGUUGGUUUUGGACUACCCGCACUUACAAGAGCAGACAACCACAACGCAACUUGAGAACGACAAUGCUGCAACAAAUCUAGCAACGUAUCAUGACGAUACUGACGCACUAGUAAAGUUGGUGGCUACAAAGAAACGCAAGUUGAAUUCAAAAAUGGUUGACAUACCUCAAGAACUAGCAUUAUUACUGUUUCUACACCCCAAUAAAGAAGCGACAAAACCAGACGUCGAAGAGGACACCAAAGAAAACACAUCCACAGAGUUGAAUGCUCCUCAAUACAGUGUCUUUUUCGACUCGUCCUUUUCAGAUUCGACCAAAGAGUAUCAAUUCGCAUCCAAUCAGUAUAUCGCACUAACGCAAUCGUUCUGGAACAAGGACUACACAACCGCCAAAACAUUGAGUGAGAAGCUUUGCGUAAUUGAAGUCAAGUUCGGCCACGCGGUUGACAUUGUCAUAAACACAACUUCGGCAAUCUAUACAACCUCAGCUGAUUUGUUAAUUCAAGGCGAUGGAAAAUCAACCGAGUUUCUCAUUCUUGAAGAGAUUUUAACCAUGAAACAACAUUUCCAUAGGUUGUAUAUUGUUGCCAUUGUGAAUACCCCAUCCUUUGUUGACUAUGCCGGACCGAAAUUGGCAAAAUUGCAGCUAAUUUGUCUCUCCCUCAACAUCAAUCUCCUAUUUGUGUCUCAGGAAGAUGUCUUGCUUUGGUGUUUGGAGAUUAUCCAUCUGGAACUGCCCCAGUUGAUUGAUGAACCAUUGGAUUUGGAAAAUCAACACUGUGUGUUUCUAUGUGAGUGUGGAUUAACUUAUUUCCAAUCCAGAGAGAUAUUGAAAAUGACUAGUCUUGACGAGUUUAUCACGUGCACUGUGGAAGAGAAGUUGAAGAAAUUCAAGGACUUGGUGACACCUGAGUUAUUGGUAAGUUCUUGGCGAGUUGAAAACUUAAUGACUCCUCUUACUAACUGCCUUUUUUUAGUGUAA